AUGGAGGACCUGUCGAACAUUGUAGAUGGAGAAACAUGGCGAAUUUUAAUAGACAACGGCUUCACGUUGGCCUCUCUCCAAAUCACAUCCGAAAAAGAUUUGGAAGAUAUUGGAGUGUUGAAGGGGCCGCGGCUGCUUAUAAAAAACUUUUUGUCCAAGCAGACAUCACCGAUGCCGGAAUCUUCCAAUGCCGGUCGAGUUCGACGAGAGAUCGAGGCCACCGUUAUUCGAGAGGUACUGGAAGCGGACAGCAAUUUUAGCAACAAGUUUUACGCUGUCCUGCUGAACGAGUUACCCCUAGAUCAUAACACGGCUUUGGAAAUGGUCAGGAUAUUAUGUAACCAUUUCUUUAAAAUACGGAUGUUGAAUAACGACUACCCCAACAUUAAAGACAAGAUGUCGCUGGCGGACGCAAUUCUAGAAGCCUUUCCUUAUCUGGAAAAAACAAGAGUCAGAGAAGAUGCGCCAAAGGAAUCAUUGUUUUUUUGGAAAAAUGAUGGCAAUAUGAAAGGUAAUCACACGGGUUUAAUUCAGCGACGUCUGGACACGAUGCGGAAGAGUGUGCCUCGUGAAAACCGAAAAUUUCUACGAGCACCACAUCCCAAUCCACUGCACAUUCAAGAAACCGUUUUGGAAGAGGUUGAUUUGGUUGCUGAUCUUCCCGCCAUCAGAGAAAACAUGAGGGAGAUAAUUUCGAUGAUGCGUAAUACGCAUGAAGUACUCGAGGCUAUGCGCUCAUCGAAAGUAUCUCCCAAGGACAUUAUAACCAAGUUCCCUCAUUUCCGUAGCUUUGGUGGCGCAAUGAUCCAACAAGCAUAUCAACGGAUCCACAGUAAUGCUGAAAAGGCUCAACCAAACUUGGCAUUACUCAGAACUUUCCUCUCGAAGGCUCAAUUCUUGGGGAAAAAUUUUGAAACGAUUGAAGAUGAUUACAUCCGUGCAUGCGGAAUACUACUCACGAGAAUGGGUUCGAGAGGCUGCAAGCGGAACUGGAUGGACCGGGAGCUGAGCAUCAACCAAUUAACACUGGCGCCUUUGAUAAGGUGGGUGGAUCCGGCACAGCUGGUAAGCCACAUUCAAUUGGGAUUUCAUCCACAUAUAAUCUGUCUCGGUUUGGCAGAAAGGAGGGGGAAUUACCUCCUUCUAGUCGAUGGUGGUGAAACAAUUGAAUGUGGUGAUUCGAGCCUUCAAGCGCUCGACACCUUUUUCAAAAUAUUUGAUGUUCUCAACGUCAAAAUCCCAUCCCUGCUGAGGAGCCUAUUGGACUUGGUUCAACUAGAGGUGUACCAGACCAAGAAGGCCACUCCCAAGCCAAUGGUUUUGAGUGUCCUCAACCUCUACUCGCGUGCUCAUCGCGCCGAAGAAGGUGUGUAGGAGAAA